AUGAUGAAAGAACCGAAUCAGCUCACUCAGCAUCUCGAGACUUUUGUUGACAUCACUCGUUCUCCUGCUCAGCAGGCUGAUAGUCUAAAAGCGAUUGCUGCUUCCUUGGAGAAGGAUUGUUUGUCUAUGAACGAAUUGGUCAUAGAGAUGGAAAUGUAUCUGACGACUACUGAUGAUGUUGUUCGAGCACGAGGGGUUCUCCUUCUCGCGGAGAUCCUCAACGAUCUAAAAGCAAAGCCACUGGACAAUGCAGUUGUCCAUAGUCUCAUUGGAUUCUUUUCCCAAAAGCUGGAAGACUGGAGAACGAUACGUGGGGCACUUGUUGGUUGCUUGGCUCUGAUGAGGAGGAAAGGCGUAGCCGGUGUGGUCACUGCUGCCGAUGCAGAAGCUGUGGCAAAGUCGAUGAUGGCGAAUGUACAAGUGCAGACUUUAGCACUGCAUGACCGCAAGCUUUCUUUUCAACUUCUUGAGUGCCUUUUUCAACAAUAUUCAGAAGCUAUUGUGACCAUGGGUGAUACACUUGUUUAUGCUGCAUGCGAAGCCAUCGAAGGAGAAAAAGACCCUCAAUGCUUAAAGGUGGCUUUUCAUAUAAUUGAGCUUUUGGCUCAACUGUUUCCCAAUCCAUCUGGUCCAGUUGCUUCUGAAGCAUCUGAUCUUUUUGAUAUUAUUGGUUGCUACUUCCCACUUCAUUUUACGCAUACCAAAGGUGAUAAAGCUGGUGUUACAAGAGAGGACCUCUCAAGGGGACUAAUGCUGGCAUUCACUUCGACGCCGUUUUUUGAACCCUAUGCUAUUCCGUUGCUUCUUGAAAAGCUUUCUUCUUCUCUACCAGUCGCAAAGGUUGAUUCUUUGAGAUGUCUGCAAGAUUGCACAGUGAAAUAUGGAGUUGACAGAAUGAAGAAGCACUAUGGAGGUCUUUGGUCCGCUUUGAAAGAUUCAUUUUAUUCUUCCACUGGAACAAAUUUGUCCUUUGCUCUUGAAUCCCUCACUAGUCCAGGGUUUGAAAUGAAUGAGAUCCACAGAGAAGCUGUUAAUCUUCUUCAGAGGCUUGUUGAGCAAGAUAUCUCGUUUUUAGGCUUUGUUGUUGAUGAUAUAAGUAUAAAUACGGUCUUUGAUACCAUCUCCAGAUACUCUCAGUAUAAAGAAAUGCCUGACACGAGCAAACUGGAGGUUCUUGUUAUCAGUCAGAUACUGUCUGUGUCUGCCAAAGCUUCGGUUCAGUCAUGCAAUAUAAUCUUUGAAACCUUUUUCUUCCGGCUUAUGAAUACUCUAGGGAUUGUAGAGAAAGCUUCAACUGGCGACCUUGUUCAUAACGAAAAUUCUACAGCCUCUACCAGACUCUAUCAUGGCGGUCUUCAUCUUUGCAUCGAACUUCUUACAGCAUCGAAAGAUCUUACUAUCUUGGAUUCCGAUUCUUUAACACCUGGAUGCGCACAGGAAUCAUGGUGCUCUAUGGUGGAAAAGUUCUCAGUUUCAUUGAUCCAGUUGUUCACUUAUGCAGUACACAGCUCUAGUGACGAUUGUGGCGCAGAUGUAUAUUUUGGAGUUAAGGGUUUGCUGAAUAUGGGUAUGUUCUGGGGCGGCUCUUCUCCUGUAUCGAGAUCCGAAUUCGAGAAGAUUUUGAUGACUUUAAGAUCAAUCAUCACAGCCAAGAGUGGCAAGACAGCAGUGUGGGAACUGGCAUUAAAAGCGCUGGUCUGUAUUGGCUCAUUUAUUGAUCAGUAUCAUGAGAGUGACAAGGCUAUGAGCUACAUGAAUAUAGUUGUCGAACAUUUCGUCUCAUUGGCCUGCUCUAGUCAUUGUGGUCUUCCAUAUCCGAUGAUAUUAGAAGCAACUUCAGAAGUUUGCUCCACUGGGCCAAAGUAUAUGGAGAAAAUGGUUCAAGGAUUUGAAGAAGCUUUCUGUUCCAGUUUGUCUGAUUUCUGUGUCAAUGGAAACUUCAACUCGAUUGAAAAUUGUUCUCAGCUCCUGGAGUGUGUCACCAAUAAAUUGCUUCCACGUGUGGCUCAGAUAGAUGGCCUCGAGAAAAUCGUGGUGCGUUUCGCAAUCAGUAUGUGGAAUCAAAUUGAAUCCUCUGGAGUUUUCAGUUUUGGUUUUAAUGGCAAGGAGUUUGUUGAGGCAGCAAUGAAAACAAUGGGGCAAAUUGUAGGAAUUGCUUUGGUAGAUUCACAGAACAGUAUAAUCCAAAAAGCUUAUAAUGUGAUCUCAUCAAGCACGCUUCCAACUAUGGAGUCUAUUCCUUUGACACUUGUUGAAUUAGAGGGUCUACAACGUGACCUGUCCACCAGGGAUGAAUUGAUACUUUCACUAUUUGCGUCAGUUAUCAUAGCUGCAUCUCCCGCGGCGUCCAUUCCAGAUGUGAAAUCACUAAUACAUCUGUUUUUGGUAUCCUCCCUUAAGGGUUAUAUCCCAGCAGCUCAAGCUUUGGGUUCAAUGGUUAACAAAUUGGGCUUGGGUACUAAUGGAACAAAUAUCUCAACCGGUUGUUCCUUGGAAGAAGCUUGUGAUAUAAUAUUUCACAAAGCUGUUGCAUCUGGAAUAGAGGUUUCUUCUGAUGAAUCUGGUAAAACCAUCUGUGGAAGUGAGACAAUCUUGUCAAAGAUAUGUUUAGGCUUCGGUGGUUCCCUGGACCUUCAAACCCGUGCUAUCACAGUACUAGCAUGGAUUGGGAAAGGGUUACUCAUGCGGGGUGAUAGAAGAUUUAAUGAAAUUGUUCAGGUUCUAGUGGAAUGCUUAAAAUCUACCAACUCUUCCGGGCAUGUUUUACAUUCUUCUGCCAUGAAACAUGCCGCAGAUGCGUUCUUCAUUCUCAUGUCUGAUUCGGAAGUGUGUCUGAAUAGAAAAUAUCAUGCAGUUAUACGGCCACUCUACAAGCAGCGGUUUUUCUCUUUGACAGUUCCCAUUUUGGAGUCUUUGAUUAUGAAGUCCCAGUCUCCACUCUCGAGAACAAUGUUGCAUGUCGCUCUCGCGCAUGUUAUAUCCAAUGUUCCAGUAACGGUCAUAUUGGAUAAUACCAGAAAGCUACACCCGAUGAUACUGGAAGGCUUGACUAUCUUAAGCUUGGACGCUGCGGAUAAAGAAACACUUUUCAGUCUAUUUCUUGUUUUUUCUGGAACGCUUACUGAUAUUAAAGGACAAGAAUCUGCGAGUGACAAUGCACAUAGAAUCAUCGAAUGUCUGGUCAAGCUUACAUCAUAUCCGCAUCUAACGGUUGUUAGGGAGACAUCGAUUCAAUGUCUUGCUGCUCUGUUGGAACUGCCGCAUGGAAGGAUUUAUCCUUUCAGAAGAGAGGUUGUACAAGCAAUCACAAAGGCACUGGAUGAUCCAAAACGGAGUGUUCGGGAAGAAGCGGUUAGAUGCAGGCAGGCUUGGGCGUCAAUCACAUCUGCAAAGUAA